UUCCGAUGUUUCGGAGUCAGCUGAUCUACUCCAUUCCUGUUUGAUCCACUCCAAAAGCGAAUAUGUCGGGGAAAGACAGACUACCAAUUUUUCCCUCUCGGGGAGCCCAAAUGUUGAUGAAAUCUCGUCUUGCCGGAGCAACAAAAGGUCAUGGGCUACUAAAAAAGAAGGCUGAUGCUCUCCAGAUGCGUUUCCGAACAAUUUUAGGAAAAAUUAUUGAGACAAAAACGCUGAUGGGUGAAGUAAUGAAGGAGGCUGCCUUUUCCCUGGCAGAAGCUAAAUUCGCAACUGGUGAUUUUAAUCAGGUUGUCCUCCAAAAUGUAACCAAAGCGCAGAUUAAAAUCCGCUCGAAGAAGGAUAACGUCGCGGGAGUAAAUUUGCCAGUUUUCGAGUCCUAUCAGGAUGGAACGGAUACUUACGAGCUAGCUGGUCUGGCUAGAGGUGGACAACAGCUGGCGAAGCUCAAGAAAAAUUAUCAAAAGGGUGUGAAACUGCUGGUAGUACUGGCAUCUCUUCAGACGAGCUUCGUCACUCUCGAUGAAGUUAUUAAAAUCACGAAUCGUCGUGUCAAUGCCAUUGAACACGUCAUCAUUCCCAGGAUCGAGAGGACACUUGCCUAUAUUAUUUCAGAGCUCGAUGAGCUUGAGAGGGAAGAGUUUUAUCGACUCAAGAAAAUUCAAGACAAGAAAAAGGCGAUCAAAGCCAAAGCUGAAGCUCGUCGACAAGCGAUGAUCGCAUCUGGCAAAGAAGUUGACGCGGCUAGUAUGCUCGAGGAAGCAGACGACGACUUGCUGUUUUAAUUGAGAAUAUGUGUAAAUAUUUACUGCGCACAUUUCAGUAACAAAAAUUCACUACCAUUUGAGAGUCUCUGAUUGGGAAGGCAUACAGCUCCCGAUGCCUCCCCCUUCAUACACUCAUUUCGAGCCUAAUGAAGAUGAGUCAUGAAAAAAUAAUAAGAGAAAAUAAAAAUUCCUGUACAAAGUCGUUACGAAACACUGAUUAUUGUUCUUCUCCAACAUGAAGGAAAAUUUGUGGUGCCACAACAGCUCCUUCCAGCAUCAUCGAGAACUUCUUUAAUGUUGUACAUGUUCCGGAAUGUAUAUAGCAUUAAUUAACACUAGAAUCCUACAUGUUUUUGUUUGAGGAGAAAUAUGGAAAAUACGAUGAUGGAAUAAAUUGAGAGAAUACGUUAAAA